UAUAAAUCUCAUUUCAAUAGAUAGUCAUGAACAAAUCGGCAACACAUUAUAUUCUGUACUUGGCAAAAUGUACGAUACUGUUAAUACUUUGUAGCUCCUGUAGUCAAGCUUCGACAGGUGCCGAGAGAACUGAUAGUCGACAUCAAAAGAACAAGUCAGCUAGGGCUAAGAGGCAGUUAUCAGCAUUCACACACCACGCGGCUGGAUCUUCCGAUGGACCUCAACCAGAACUUGUGAUGACAUGUGAUCUUAACGAAGCUGGAUUCAAUCAAGAAGAUGCGUUGGUGUUAAAUCUCCGUUUUGCUGACGAUUCGGGAACAGUUUUACAGUCUCUCAAAGAUCAACAAACGGAAAUAAAAAGUCAAAUCAGUGAGAUUUGGGAGUUGUUCAAGGAAACACACAGAGAGCAAGCCAAAUUGAUUCAGCUUCAAACCGCCCUUCGUCAACAAAAUGCUCAAAUGAUGGCUUUAUUUAGUAAUGCUGUCAAAAGUAAUUUCGACGCUAAAUCGCCAGGAUUUGUGGAAAAUUUGUUUGACAUAAGCAGCAAAGAGCGGAAUCUUCAUGUUAUGAAAGCAACCGAAAAAUCGAAAAAGGAUGUCAGACCAAAUAACGAUACUACGCCUGCGCCGCCAAAAAGAGAUGUAUUUUUACAAGAUCAAGGCCACCCUGAAAUCGUCGAAUUUCUGAAUGAAACCAACCAAGAAGAAAUUUUCCCAGAUGAAAUCCUAAUGAGAUCGGUCUAUUCCGGAAACAUUGAAACAACGAUCGUUGAAGAGGAAAUCUUCCCCGAUGACGAUGUUACGGCGGACGCCAAUGUAGAUUCCAAUGAUGUAUCCACUUCACUCAUUGUACAAAAUGGCAAUAUUUUGAUUCCCGAAAUCAAAUCAACCGAACUACCAGAUAUCUUAUGUCAACAUUGCGACGAUGGAGAAUUUUGUGUCAUUGAAGUAGAAGAUUAUCAAUGUUAUCCUUGCACCGAGUGCAGUCAAGGAUACCAAAUGACAACACCUUGUACACGUGAUCAAGAUAUCAUUUGUGAAGACAUCAAUGAAUGUUCGACAUUCGGUCAGGAGGAAACUUGCAAGGAAGCAGGAGCUCUCUGCGUCAAUACGCCUGGAGGAUAUUUGUGCGUAGGUGGUGAUGCUUCAUGUAUAGACAACUAUUAUUUCAAUAGACGUUCUUCCCAAUGUGAGCAGUGUUCUACAUGUACUACCCUACAACAUAUUAUCGUACCAUGUUCAAAAUUUAGCGACGUCAUAUGCAGGACAGAAGACAUGGAACAACAGACGGAUGUAUGGAAAGGAGGACUCAAGAAACCAAAUAAACAUCUCAAAAACGUUGAAGAUCUUAACGCUGGAUUUUCCUUAGUAUAUUCAGACAUCUCGGAAAAUAAUCAAACGAUUAUUGAAAUAACGAAGCAUCGACGAAAAGCUUCACGAAAUCCUACAAAUACUUAUAAGAAAGAUUUCAAAAACGUAUUAAACUUAUCAAAGCAUGGAAUAAUAUGGAUGGAAUUGAAUAUGGCGAUACGACAUUCUUGUAGAAGUUAUGUUCAGGUUACGUAUCAUAUUUCAAAUGGUGUUGAAUCUGUAUCAUCAAAUGGUAAAGAAACAGCAGUUCUUGAUCGUAGUGCGGGUGGAAAGGUAGAACGAGAUAAGUCACAGAAGUCAUUGGCUGCUACAAGAAUUGAACAUUCCUCGGGAGAUCGAUACAAAUUCAUUGAUCUUGGCGCGGUGGCGGAGGUGGAACCUGAUCAAAAUAUUUGGGUUACUCUUCACAGUGCCCAUCAAGGAUGUGCAGCAUUCCCGUCAAAGCAUGAUCAAUAUGCUCUUCGUUCAAUUGCACCGUCCCAAAGAUCUGGGCCGUUUUCAGUACUGUGGUUGUCACACGAUACUGGAGCAGUGGCCUUCAGGGCAACCAUGAAAACUAACUCGGCUUUCUCAACGCUCUAUGCUCAGUUUUCUCAGGAUUAUGCAUCAGAUUUGCAUGUUGUCAACCUCGAUCAAGAUGGAAGAUACUUUGUUUUCAACGAAGAUGGCGUUGUUCUUGCCAAAUAUCACCAAGCACUUUAUACCAUAGGUGAUUCUUGUACCGAACACGGUUAUUCCAUGGUCGCAAACAUUGAACGUCGAGAUGGUGAAUCAGGCGAAACUCUCGUCAAAUCUCAUAAAGCAGGAGUAUCAUAUACUGACAGUGCCAUAUCAUUGACGCUGUUGACCGCAGUUGCCGAUGGUGAUCGCAUUUCGCUAGAUUUAAUAUCUCCCGCUAGAUGCCAGGUGCGCCAUAUGAGUGACCUCAACUUAGGGGUCGUCAACCUGCUAUGGAUACCUCGGCACUCGAGUGCAAGUUUGAUCGCUCGACUCGAUCAUAGAGAUGAAAUACAGGGAAGUGUAAAAUCCAAGGCUUUAAAAUUUGUUGAAACGCAAAACACGAAUCCUGCAAAGUUAAAUCUAGUUGCAACAUCAUAUUUUGAAUUCAAGGAAGCCGGUCGUGUUUAUAUAAACUACGUUACAAGAACAAUACACUCGUGUGAUUAUCUAAAAGUAUCGGUGCAUUAUAUCGGUAACAGUUCUCCGUCGCUAAAACCCGUGGAAAUUGUACAUCAGGUUUUGGGAGAUACUGCAGGUCAUUGGGACGGUAUUUCACUGGGCGGUUCACAUACUGUUGAGGCGGGUUCUCGUUGUUACGUCACAAUGACUUGCGUGCGAGGAAGAAUCGAUGAUAUGUCCUACGGAGAAUGGAGCACUCUAUCAAUAUUAUGGCUACCCCUUUAAAAAGAUAUGCAAUACCCGAAAAAAAUUUAGUUGAAAGGCUUAAUGUCUAUGUGAAUAUAUGAUUGCCAGGAGGAUUGAUGCUUAAGAUAAAAGCAUGAAGAUGUACACAAGUUUAAUUUUCAGCAUAUUUCUUAUUUACAGUUCCCGUGAAUUACUGUUUUUCUCGUCGUGUUUUAUUUUGAAUUUUUCCUUGUUAUCUUUGCUGUUUCUUAAAGAAUAUUUUAAAACUUUCACCUGUGUAUGAAGCCUGUGGUCGGCGACGUUGCAUAGUAUAUAUCGAGCAUAUUGUCCAAUCCAACGCAUAGUUGUGCGUCGUUUAUAGUUAAGAGUUGAAAAGGCAGGAUGCAACUAAGAAGAAGCAAUUUAUGUACGCACAGUUCAGUUAAUUCGUGUCCUGUGAACACCUCCACAUAAUACAAUUACUACUCGUGUCUGAGUUUAUUUCGCAGUUUACUUCUGUUAUAACAAAAGGGUUUUGAUAGUUACUGAAGAGAGGAGAGCGACGUGGUCAGGGCUGAAGCAAAAGAUGAAUAAACUUGAUAUUUGCCCAACCCAACAGAAGAAUGUAAUAACAUGUUAAAGUUGGUGCAAUCGUUGAAAAGGAGGAAUGAGUGAGUAGAUUAUAUAUGAUAGGCAUACAUCCUUUAUUGAUCUUCUUGUUGCGCAACUGGGUACGGAAUAUAUGAAUAAUGAGGUAAUAACUAGCAACUACGACAGAACUUGAAGAGGGGUUUGGUAAUCAGCAAGACUCUAGCAAAAAGGUCUACUGUAAUUAUUUGAAUUAUUAAAAAACACGCCUUGGCCAAACAAUCGAUUAUAAACUUGAGUUGCUGAGUUUGUUUUGGAAACUUCGAAUUUGUUGUCAUCGUAU